AUGAUGGAUCUGCAGAAUUAUUCCAAAGUGUCAGAGUUUUUGCUGCAAGGACUUUGCAAAUCACAUUAUAUCCAAAAUAUAUUAUUUGUAGCCUUUUCUGUCAUCUAUACUGCCAUUAUGGUGGGCAAUCUCCUCAUUGUGGUCACUGUCAUUUCUGAUUCCCAUUUGUACUCUUCCCCUAUGUACUUCCUGCUGGGAAACCUAUCUUUCCUGGACAUGUGGCUGGCUUCAUUUGCCACGCCCAAGAUGAUUAUUGAUUUCCUUAGCGAUCAAAAGCUCAUCUCCUUUGGAGGAUGUAUGGUUCAGAUCUUUUUAUUGCACUUUACUGGUGGAGCAGAGAUGGUGCUGCUGGUUUCCAUGGCCUAUGACAGAUAUGUGGCCAUAUGCAAACCUUUGCACUACAUGUCAAUGAUGAGCCGGUGGACUUGUAUUAAACUGGUGUUGGUUUCUUGGGCUAUUGGAUUUGUGCACUCCAUCAGUCAAAUAGCUUUCACUGUGAACUUACCUUUCUGUGGCCCCAACGAGAUAGACAGCUUCUUCUGUGACCUCCCCUUGGUCAUCAAGCUCGCCUGCAUGGAUACCUAUGUCUUGGGCAUACUUAUGAUUUCAGACAGUGGCUUGCUAUCCAUGAGCUGUUUUCUGCUGCUGCUGAUCUCCUAUGCUGGGAUUCUACUCACUGUCCGACAGCGUGCAUCUGGUGGUGUAAGCAAAGCACUCUCCACCUGCUCUGCUCAUAUCACAGUAGUCACUCUCUUCUUCGGGCCCUGCAUUUUCAUAUAUGUGUGGCCUUUCAGCAGGUUCUCUGUGGACAAGCUCCUGUCUGUGUUUUACACAAUUUUCACUCCCCUCUUGAACCCCCUCAUCUAUACAUUGAGAAAUGAGGAGAUGAAAGCAGCUAUGAAGAAACUGUGGAAAAGACAAGUGGCUUCUCAUUGA